AUGUCGUCUGUAUACACUUCGCUGAAGGCCUCGCGUCGGGAAAUUCGUCUCAUUUCGAUCCAUUCAGACUUGCACAAGCCUGACAAGAUUGGUCUGCCCGAAGACAGCAUUCCUGAUGGAAUUCUUGUGUGCACUAUGAAAACGGUAUCUCUGAAAGAUUGGACCCCUGGCUAUGCCGCCUUCCGAGCCAAGGCAAUCGACUGGUCCUACUCGCCUACCACUCUCUAUGAGAAGUGGGAACAUUUCUCGCGCGAGAAUGCUGGAUGUACAGAUGACGACAGAACCACUCCUGAUAGAUUCGUGUGGGGAGACUACGAGACCAUCAGCUACACAUGGGAGAAUGGAUCGAACAUACAGCACACUAUCUGCGUCAACGACAGGCCAUUAGUCGUUCAAGAUAAUCUCUAUCAGGCACUGCAAGAGUUCCGGAGAGGUAGAGACUUUGUGGAAGGCCGAACACGAAUGCUCUGGGCCGAUGCGAUCUGUAUCAAUCAGGAUGACCUCGACGAGCGAGCUACCGAGGUCAAAAGAAUGAACGAGAUUUUCAGCACUGCGAUCAAGUCAACGGUCUGGCUCGGCCAGUCCCUCGACCUCAAAGGCGUAGAUACCGAAGUCUACUUUGACCUCAUCGACCGUCUCAUUCUCUGCUCAUUGACAUUCACAAAUGACUCGUCAACUGACGACCCACAACCAACGUCAACUGGGAUCGCCUCAUCUGAAGCUGGAUCGCCGGAUGAGCAUGGCCCAGAAGACCAAGAUAGCCGCACAUUGUCGGGAGAGGCUCUUGCUGUGCUCUCUCGCUGUCCGCCAACGAACGCCUACUAG